UCAGAUAUGUCAGGAAUUGAAGAGAUUUGCAGUAGUGCAAAGAAGAAAGCAAUGGAGAAGUCAAAUUCCUUUAUUAAUCCUUUCGAUCUUACAAUUGAGGAAGAUGAAAUGUGCUUGCUUGAAGAUAAUUCAUCUGAUUCUGAUGAAGAAUAUCAGCCCAGUUUCAACUUAACACUCAGACCCAGUAAUGCAGACCAUAUUCCUAUAGAGGACUCGGAUGAUGAUUCUGACAUAUGUGGGGAUGACCCUGCUGAUGCUGUAGAAACGGACUACAAGAGAAUAAAUAGUAUUGAGGACAUAGAAACUUUAACUAAUGACUGCCCUCUCCUUGUAUACCAACAGCCCUUGUUAGAUUUGGCCAACACACAGAUCAGUACCAUCUGCAAAAUUUGUAAUGAAUCCAUCAGUAUUUGUGUGGAUAAUAUUGGUUCCGCAACAUAUCUUAAAUGGGUCUGCAAAAGAGGUCAUGUUGUGAAUAGAUGGUGUUCACAGCCAAUUCUAAAUAGAAGACUGCAUGCUGGAGACCUGGUCUUUGCAUCGGCCAUCCUAUUGUCUGGCAACAACUUCCAGAAAAUUGCAACACUGGCAAAAUUCUUGAAACUUCCUAUUCUAAGCUCUUCAACUUUUCACAGAAUUCAGAAAACUUACCUAGUCCCAGCGAUUGACAGGUUUUGGAUUCAGAAACAAGAAGAUACUCUUAGAGAAUUCCAAAAUACCGAUGUCAUUGUGUUAGGUGAUGGACGUAUGGACAGUCCUGGGCACAGUGCACAAUACUGUUCAUACACUUUUAUGGAAUAUACAUCCAAGAAAAUUUUAUGCAUCACCACAAUGGACAAACGAUCCACUGACCGGAAAAGCACCAACCUGGAGAAAGCUUGCUUCCAGCGUGGGAUGCAGUUUUUUAAAGACAAAGGCAUCAAAGUUGUUGAGGUGGUGACCGAUGCACAUGUCCAAAUAGCUUCAGUGAUGAAAAAGGAUUUCCCAGAAAUAAAGCACUCGUUUGAUGUCUGGCAUGGGACAAAGAACUUGGGAAAGAAACUCACAAAGGUAUAGGCAUUUUUUA